UACUAUUCAGUAUUUGAUUAAAUUUGUUAUUAACAUGUUUAUAGUCUUAUUUUUUACAAUCUUUAUUGCUAGAACCGCUGUAGUUAAAGCAGAUGGGCCUGAAGAUACCAAGUGCAGUACAGUUAACGGUACAACUUGUGUGUUUCCAUUUUACCACGGAGGCAAACAGUACAAUUCGUGUACAACAAGAGAAUCUGCAGUUGGAAUCCCAUGGUGUCGAACUGUUAAACUAGACCCUAAAUUUCAAGGAGUUUUACCAGAAAGUUGGGAUUAUUGUACCAGUGCGUGUAAAGUCUUAUCAACUGUAUGUAAACCAGUCACAAAGGAAUGUUCGUGUAACUCUCAAGUAAAGCAGGUUUGUCACGAGAUGGAUGAAAAUGGAGAAAUAAUCUCAACCUUCUGUGUUUACAUUAACCAAGGUAGGAUACAGAAUGUGAAUACAGGGCUCCCCGCCUGUAAUUUAGAAUGUCAAGACUGCCUUAAUGCAUAUACAAGCAGAACAGGUGGGUUACUGUUCGGUGUCUGCAAUGACAUGAACUGCAUCAUUUUUGCCGGUACAACUGCAUUGCUCUGCCUUGUAUGUAUUGUACUGCUUGUACUUGCAUUACGAGCUAGACAGAAGAGAAAAUAUGAGAGACCUAAGUCUAUCCAACCUGGAGACUUGUUUUUUGGAUGAAAAUUUCAAAUAUCCUGUAAGAAUUAUAUAAAAAAAUAAUUUAAAUAAAUGUUCGAAAAAGUA